AUGGCUGAACACGAUCCCACCGCGGUGAGCAGAGAGCUGCCCCAACACGCUGCUUCUCUGCCACGCUGGGUUCGGUGCGGCCGUGGCCGGGAGAUGUUCACCAGGGCUACCCCAGGGGAGCGUCCCAGCUCCCCCCCGGCAGCGCGGGGCCCCGAACCCACCUCCGAGACACCCAAAGACAACCUCGGGUCUGUGACUAGCGUGGGGCUGACCGUCGAUACUAGCGAGGCGCUGGAGAAGAAUCUGUGUCCGGAAGAUCUCCACGAACAUCGCUGUGUGUUCGUUUGCAGCGAGCAGUUUGAUCGCCUGCUGCAGGGUUUCCCAGUCUACCAGGGCUGCAAGAGCUGGCUGUCCUCUUUCAUAUUCGAGCGAGAGUUUGAUGACUCCGCGGGGCGGCGGUGUGAGCGUUUCGAGUGCGUGUCUCUCGGCUCGGGAGAGACCUGCAACACGGACUGGCUCAGCUUCACUGGGAGCCACAUCCACGACUGCCACUCAACCACCAUCGCCCGGCGGGCACUGAAGAGGUUCCUGUUGAAGCAGCUGCUCCUGUUCUUCAGCGGCGUUUCAGAGUAUGAGGACCGGUCCAUAUUCCAGAGGUCUCCUGACAGCCCGCUGCUCCGCCUCAAGCCGGGGGUCUACCUGCAUCUUUACACCAACAGGAUCCCCAGGGGAGCAAUGCAUUGCAGCCUCACCGCUCCUUGCAGCCCCAGCUCCUCUCUGAAGCUCCAGUGCCACGUCCGUGGCUCUCUGGUCUCCGCUGCGUCUGUGCAGCCCAGCGUUUGGGGGACGCGGGUCUGCUGCAUGUCUGGCAGCGACAAGCUGAGCCGCUGGGCCGUGCUGGGGGUGCAGGGGGCGCUGCUGAGCCUCUUCAUCGAGCCGCUGCACAUCACCAGCGUCGUACUGGGGGACUCCGAGCACAAUGUGAAGACCGUCUCCAGGGUGAUUAACCAGCGGCUUGGGGAGGGGCUGUCCGAGAGGCUGCCCCCUCCCUUCGCGAAGAAGGUCAUCUACUUCUUCCCAGGGGGGGAUGUGGGGCCCCCCAAGAGCGAGCCGCACUGCGAGGGGCUAAGCCUCAACUGGUGCCGGGGGGACUCGGGGCUGGAGGUGGUGGACUCUGCCACCGGACGCGUGGUCCAGGAGUCCCCAUUUAAAAGCGGACCAUCUCUGUGCAGCAGACUGUGCAAGGCGGCUCUUUAUCGCGCCUUUCGGGUGGUCGCCAAAGAGGCGGGGCGCCAAGAGCUGCUGGAUCUCCCUUCUUACCGAGACGCCAAGAUAAAAGCUGAGCUCUACCAGCAGGCAAAGCAGCAGAUCAGUCACGAGUUCAUCUCUAACAAUGCCGGACCCUGGAAUUCAAAGCAAAUUGUGGACAACUUCAGCAUCUAAACUGCCCUAUCCCCAGCUCCCAGGCUGUCUCAGGGCUUCACAAAGAAGCUAGACCUGCUAAAUAAAACAGCG